ACGCCUCACGCCGGCGCAAGUUCUCGCGAUAAGCUCCGUGGUGUGGUUACCAGGGGAACGUGAUUUUGUGCUUCGCCACAUUGCUUGUGGGUGAUGAACACCGAACCUUUUACGGUUAUGUUUCCGUGAAAAAGGCCAAAUAUAUAGUACUAGAUAGUGUCCCCAAAAAUGGGGAACAAGGCAGUGUCGUAGCAUCGUGGCUGGAGUGUUCCUGCUUAAAACACAGGUACUGUCCUCGUUCAGCCUUCCUUCAAAAUGCCGUCUAGCCAGAUCCUGCAGCCAGUUCUCAAAAUGAAGGUGGACGAGCUCUUCCUCACCUGGCUGAGCGACAGCAAAACCCAGAAGGUCCUGAAGGACUACCUGGAGCUCAUUAAGAAUGGACAGCAGUGUGACCUCAGCGACAUGGGCACCAAGGAGAAAAAAACACUGUCUUUCAAUGAGAACAACAACGUGGCGUCCCAAAAGAACUGCGCGGCGGAGAAGAAGCCCAUCGUCUUGAGCCCCCCGUCGUCCGCCACCUUGCCCUCGGGUUGCAUCGGCGGCACCAGGGUAACGGGACCCCACGGCAGGAUACUACGGAGGUCUGUCAGCUCCAAAAAGGCACAGGUGAGGACAGAGCAGCCCGUCACCAACCCUCUGAGCGAAAGCAUUCCAAAGUUCUACUUCCCGUUGGGUCGGCCCCAAGCCAACCUCAACAUCGACAGCCUCAUUUCCAAAGUCGAGGCGACGUUUUGCCAAUUCCCCAAUGAAAGGGCCACCAUUGAAGACAUGGGGCAGGUUGCCAAGGCCUGCGAGUGUCCCUUCUACUGGAAGAUGCCAUUGUUCUGCUCGACUGGAGGCGACAGGACGGGUUUCGUGUCUGUUCACAAGUUCGUGGCGAUGUGGAGGAAAAUGUUGCAGACCUGUCACGACGACGCGGCCAAAUUCGUGCACCUCCUGGCCAAGCCUGGCUGCAAUUACCUUGAACAAGACGACUUUAUUCCCUUCCUGCAGGAUGUGGUCAACUCUCACGCUGGCUUGGCCUUCCUGAAGGAGGCACCAGACUUCCACUCAAGAUACAUAACCACGGUGAUCCAAAGGAUCUUUUACAACGUGAACCGCUCCUGGACCGGCAAAAUAACUUGUUUGGAGCUGCGCAAAAGUAACUUCCUUCAGAACGUGGCGUUGUUGGAGCAAGAAGAAGACGUGAACCAGCUGACAGAGUUUUUCUCCUACGAACAUUUCUACGUCAUCUACUGCAAGUUUUGGGAGCUGGACACUGACCACGACCUGUACAUCGACCAGAAGGACCUGGCGCAACACAACGAUCAAGCCAUCUCCCAAAAGAUGAUUGAGAGAAUAUUCUCAGGAACAGUAACAAAGGACAGACGUGUCUUCAAGGAGGGACGCUUGAGCUACGCUGAUUUUGUUUGGUUCCUCAUCUCAGAGGAGGACAAGAAGACAGACACCAGUAUAGAGUACUGGUUCCGCUGCAUGGACCUGGACGGGGACGGCGUGCUGAGCAUGUACGAGAUGGAGUUCUUCUACGAGGAGCAGUGCCUGAAGUUGGACAGCAUGGCCAUCGAGCCGCUGCCCUUUGAGGACUGCCUCUGCCAAAUGCUCGACCUCGUCAAGCCGGAGGUCAAAGGUCAAAUCACCCUGCGUGACCUGAAGAAGUGCAAGUUGUCACACAUCUUCUUCGACACCUUCUUCAACAUCGAGAAGUACCUGGACCACGAGCAGAGGGACCCCUUCUCCAUCAUCAAGGAAGUGGAGACGGACGGCCAGGAAAUGUCGGACUGGGAGAGAUACGCCGCAGAGGAGUACGACAUCCUGGUGGCCGAGGAGGCCGCCGCCGCCGAUCACGGCAAUGAGUACGACAACCCGCUGAGUCCUAUAGAAGCUCACAUCUCAGCCGACAUGCCUCUGAGGAAAAGACACUUCUUUCAGUUCCCAAACCCUCACUGCAACCUGGAACUGGACGAAUACGAGGACGACUUUGAAGAAUGACACGCCUCCAUGAGACAAGAUCAGUAAGACUUCUUCUUCUUCUACCACCAUGAAGAAGUCGCCUAAAACAUUCAAAGUUGGACUGGGAUAGUCUCCGCCUCCACACUACCAUUGGCUAACUUGACAUUCCAGUGAUGGUACCGGAAGCUUCUGUGCAAAAACAUGAUCUGCUUGGUGUGUGCGUGCGUGUGAGAUGAGUGAUUUAAUUUAUAAAAGACUGUAAAUAUUUCUUUGCUGUGAUGUAAAUGAACACAUUAUUUUAUAUGUCAUCAACAUAAUAAAGAAAGCCUUAUGCUCAUUGA